AUGGCCGCACGAAGCGCAGCUCUCAAGCUCGACUGGGCCAAGGUCACCACCUCCCUCGGCCUCAAGGGCCAGACCGCCGCCUCCCUCCAGGCUUUCAAGCAGCGCAACGAGAACGCCCGCCGCAGGGUCCAGCAGCUGUCGGAGCUCCCUACGACCGUCGACUUUGCUCAGUACCGCUCCGUCCUCAAGAACCAGGCCGUCGUCGACGAGAUCGAGAAGCGCUUCUCCGCCUUCAAGCCUGCCACCUACGACGUGACCCGCCAGAUCAAGGCCAUCGAGGCCUUUGAGGUCGAGGCCGUCAAGAACGCCGAGGCUACCAAGCAAAAGGUCGACCUCGAGCUCAAGGACCUCGAGAAGACCCUGACCAACAUCGAGUCCGCUCGCCCCUUCGAGGACCUCACUGUCGACGACGUCGCCGCCGCCGAGCCCUCAAUCGACGAGAAGACCUCCCAGCUCGUCUCCAAGGGCCGCUGGACCGUUCCGGGAUACAAGGAGAAGUUCGGCGAUCUUUCCGUGCUCUAG